AUGAAUGGACAAACAGAAUUGGAAGAAUCUGCCAAUGCUGAAUUACAACGUUUACAAAGACAGUUGAGAACUUUACAAUUGGAGUUAAGAAGUUUAUUGGACUAUAAAACCAAACAAUUGAAAAAACAAAAUCAUAUUAUCAGCGUGUUGCAGCAGGAGCACAAACAGUUGACCAAUGAAAUUAAUACUUUGGAAGGAGGAACUCACGCCAAGAAAAAUGUUACUAAGGAGAAAAAACUAAUAUAUUUACAAAAUCAAGAGGCUGAGGUGCAACGUAUUUUAGCCAGUGAGCGUAUAAAUCUAUGGGAAUUAGAGGGUCAUAUAAAAAAGAUGGAAAAAGAAAUAGAUGGUUUGCGUAAACUGGAGGUACCCGAUAGUUGUUAUAAGGACACUAUAUGUAAGGUACAAAAGAGCGUGGUCAAACUGGAGAAUCGUUUAGAUGUGGUGAAUAAGAAAUGCAGUGAUGUGUUGACUGAGAAUUCAAAAUUGAGGGACUCUAUUAAUCAUAUGCUGCAGGAUAGAGCCAAUUUCAACGAAAUGUGGCAAUCUAUGGUGACUCAAUUCAACGAGGGUAAGAAGUAUAUAAUGGACUUGAUCGAUCAGUCUACUUUGGCUUAUGAUCAGCGUGAGGAAUUGUGUAAUAAGCUGCAGGUUUUAAAAGAUCGCAAUGAAAAUGAUAAAAUUAUGCAUAUACAGGAAAUGCGUGAAAUGCAAAGACGUCUGGAACAUGAUGCCAAAUUACAAAAAUUCUUUGAUAUUAAAGGACAAAAACGUCUCAAUCCGGAAUUGGAACAACGAGAAAGUGAUAAGAAAUUGGCACAAAAGGAGGCUUUCGAGAGACAACUGGCGGAAUAUAAAGAAAUAAUUGAUAGAAUGAAGGAACUUUAUCAGGAAUCGGAUACUCAAAAGUUAACUGUUCAGUUUAAAAGACAGGAAGAGGAAAAUUUUGCUCUGUUCAGUUAUGUCAAUGAAUUGAGUCAUGAGGUAGAGGUAUUAAAUGAUACCACUCAGGAGUUAUCGGAUGAAAUAGAACGCCAAAAAGCUGAGCUACUGGAAAAGGAAACCCUACAGAAAACUGAAGCUUUGGAUUACCUCAAUGAACAGCUGGAAAAGGCUGAAUUGCAAAAUAACGAAGCCAAGGAAAAGUUGCGCAUCUUAGAGCUGCGUUUGCAACAAAUGUUAUUGGGAAUAUCGGAUAUAUUCAAACAACUAUCUUGUGAUGAUGCUCCCAUAUUAAAUGUGCUCUCCUCGAAAACCUCUAUGACCUCGCAUAAUGUUAAACUGUUUAUAGGCGUUAUAGAGAAACGUAUCAACACUAUUAUAAAUGGUAUAAAUAUUGAGGAUUCUUCUAACAAAAUUUUAGCUAAGAAGGAUCGGAUACCCAAAUUUAAUAUUAAAGAAUCGGCUAAAACAAAAAAAUAA